AUGGCCCCUUCAACCCGACUACGAGCUAGGCCGGACCGCCGUGUCAACUAUGCUGAGCCCUCUGGCCCGAUAGGUACCCGCAAUAACCCUGUUCGUAUCGAAGAAACCCCAGAGCCCGAAGCCGGCUCCCGAACCUCGCCUGCUCCUACCACAUCCGGCAGAAAGCGCGGUCGUAAGCUUCCUGUUCGCAAGAAAACUAGAGCUAUCUCAUCUGAAGCACCAGAGGCCUCUCUUGAGAAGGACUCCAAAGCUGUCGCUCGUGUCAAGGCUGGUGCUGUUGUUAAACCAAAAGCAGAGCCGAAGACACGCAAGAAGCUUCCGACACCGAAGGAAAAAGAGCGACCGAAGAAGCAAGAGUGCUCAAUCUGCGCAACAACCAAGGACACGUCUAGAUCUUUCAAGGUCCCCAAUGAUGCUUGCGAACAUCUUCAGACUAUCUGCAACUUAUGUGUCGCAAAGAUGCUCAAGACAAAGGUCGCCGAUCGUCAACUCAAGGAUGCAGAGUUGAGCUGCCCGGUCCACAAAUGCGACUAUUCGCUAGACUAUGCAGCUCUCCAGGCUAUAGUUAGCAAGGCAGCUUUCGAAGACUACGAUAAAGCCGUCACGAAGCAUGCUCUGUCUAGUGGCGAAUCAUACAUAGCCUGCCUUUCUGCCAAGUGCGGUCGAUACUUCUCCAUCGAAGACUGCAAAAACACCAAAAGCAGCAAGCAGCGGGUCGCCUGCCCCUACUGCGAACACGAAAUUUGCUUGAAGUGCAAUCGCCCAUGGACGUCGCAUGGGAAAGGCGGGUGUGACCAGGCGAAGAAGGCGGAGGACGACUUGUCCAAGAGGGCUGUCAAGACUAUGGGUGCCAAACCAUGCCCAAAGUGCGGUAUGAACAUCCAGAAGCACGGUGGAUGCGAUCACAUGACAUGUGAGCAAUGCGGCCACAACUUCUGCUGGGUGUGUCUCGUUGAGUACACCAAAGAUAUCCGGCAUCUCGACGACUGCCCACACGCGCGGGUUCACGUUGCUGUCGAUCCUGGCAAUUGGCUUCCUGAAGACUUGACUCUUGCGCAGAUCAACCGCCUUAUCGCUGAAGCAGACGCUCGUCUGGAUGCGCCAGUGGAAGCCCCCGUACGCGCUCCUGUCCACGCUCCUCUUGUAAUAGCCGCACCACCGCCACCAGCUGUUGCUUUCGGAGGCAUGCUCAACCCUCUUAAUUGGAGGGGUGGUGGAGGCGGACGCGGCGCAAAUGCAGGUGCGGCGGGUGCUAAUCGUCACCCACCGGAUGACGAGGAAGCUGAGGAGGACGAAGUAAUGGAAGAUGCACAUGAACGACCUGCCCGGAGCCAUGAACGCAGACGAUGGGACGAUGAGUUUUGA